AUGGCAACUUCUAUUACUACAUUGGCUGAAGAAAUGCCUUUGGCACAUGUGGUUGAUAGUAAAUUUACGGAUAAAAUUUGCGCUCAAUGUAUGAUACCAGUAUGGGAAAGAGACAUUGAAGGAAAACUAAGUCGUUGUGCUCGCUGUAAAUUUACUCAUUAUUGUAGUAUGAAAUGUCAAAAGAAGGAUUGGCUUAUUCAUAAGAUAGAAUGCUCAUAUUUGUUACGUGUGGCGCCACGUAUUCCCGAAUCAAUGCCUCGAUUAAUAGGUCGGAUAAUUACGACAUUAAAACAUUGUGGUGAUAAAAAUCGUGCUUUUAAUGGACGUAAUUUUGCUUCCUUAAAAAGUCAUGUUGUUGAUAUCGAGAAAGAUGAGGAAAAAAGGAAUGGAUUUAUAUCCAUUGCAUAUGUCAUCAAAGAUUACCUUCCGUUAGGUGAGAUGCCAUCCAGCAGUGAAAUAUUCGAUAUUUUUUGUAAGAUUUUGAUUAACGCAUUGGUAAUCACAGAUUCCUGUUUGAAUAGAAUUGGUCUUGCUGUUUAUCUAGGACUUUCAGCUUUGGAUCACAGUUGUAAACCAGACGCAUUUAUUAUUUUCAGCGGUACGAAAGCAAUCUUGAGAUCCUUGAAUAAAAAUAUAACGGAGUACAGCGAUGACUUGCGCAUUCCGUACUGUGACUUGAUGGAUCUAAAGUCUACACGAUGUGAAACUUUGCAAAAUCAACACAAUUUUGUAUGCAAUUGUGAAGAUCGACAGAAAUGUUCUUUACGGUGUAGCAAAUGCAAAGAUGGCUUCUGUCCAUAUAGUGCUGAAGAUGAUCAUACAGAAAUACGAUGUAAAGUUUGUGAUGAAAUAUCCAUUUUUAAUAUUGAUCACUUGCAAAAACUACAUCAACAACUGAAAGCUAGUGGAUCAACAGAGAAGAGCCUAAAUGAGCUAAUAGAUUCAUAUCACGAAUUUGAAAAGGUUUUCUCACCAUAUAACGUUCCACUUUGUAAAUUUGCCGAAAAUAUUAUGAUCUUAGCGCUGAAUAAUGAAAAAUACGAUAAAGCAGUCGAGUUUGCCGAAAAAACUCUCCUUUGUUACAGGACAUAUUAUCCAAAAGGUCAUCCUUUGCCCUCAGUGCGCAUGUUUGAAUAUGCUAAGUUGUUGAUGCUACAACACAAUCAGAACUCCCUUCCUAUGUUGCGAAAGGCUUUUAAAAUGAUAUGCGAAAGCUACGGUUCUGAUACUAGUUUUGCAUUUCAUACUGCCAGAUUAUUAAAUGACUUGGAAAAAAGUAUAACUGCUGCUUCGCCGUAA